CCCGGAAGUGCAGAGUGGUCCUGCCAGGACUGUGCAUGUUGAGUUACAAUUAGCAGCUAGCUGGAAUGGCCGCUCUCACCAGCAGGAGUAUAGUCUUUGUGACUGGGAAUGCCAAGAAACUCGAAGAGGUAAUUCAGAUCCUUGGAGACAGAUUUCCGUGUAAGCUAGUGGCCAAGAAAAUUGACUUACCAGAGUACCAAGGUGAACCCGAUGAGAUUUCAAUUCAGAAGUGCAAAGAAGCUGCAAGGCAGAUUCAAGGUCCAGUUAUAGUUGAAGACACAUGUUUAUGCUUCAAUGCAUUGGGUGGUCUGCCUGGUCCUUAUAUAAAAUGGUUUCUUGAAAAAUUAAAACCAGAAGGACUGCACCGUCUACUAGCGGGGUUUGAAGACAAAUCUGCCUAUGCCCUCUGCACGUUUGCUUUCAGCACUGGACGUCCAGAAGACCCCGUUCUGUUGUUUAGAGGGAAAACUCUGGGUCAAAUAGUGGAACCACGUGGUCCUAGGGACUUUGGAUGGGAUCCAUGUUUCCAGCCAGAUGGUUUUGAAAAGACGUAUGCAGAGCUCCCAAAGGAAGUAAAGAAUACAAUUUCUCACCGGUACAGAGCCCUGAAGGAAAUGUCUGACUAUUUCAUCCAGAACAGCUCUUCUUGAUGUUGUUCGUAAUGAAGGCUUAAAGGGCGCUAUUUUUAUCAGAGAAGACUUGUGACCUGUUGCAAAGUUAUGAGAAAUCAGAAAACCUCGGUUGUUGGAGCUACACAGUGUUUCAUAUGAAACGUAACCUGCACAUGGGGCAAAACUGUUCUAAAUAAACUUUUUUUUUUUAA